CUCCGCAAAUGCAGCCGAGUCGCUGAAGUUUCCAGUUGCUGCACACAGCAGAGGAGCAAGAGGAGCAGAGGAGUUUAAAGACACAUUACAACACAGAGAGGAGCAGAGAGGAGCAGAAGAGCGCAGCCUGCGGCGCGUAAACUUCAACUCCGCUGCGCUGUUUUGGGGUUUCCCUUCUCGAAUAAGUGGCUGGUUCGGUUGCAGCGCUGUGGUCUGUGUGUUUCAGAGACUGAAAUAAUUAAAGAUGAGUUGUGGCUCUGAGGUGUGCUGGAGGAUGUUCCGGCUGAUGGUGACCGCGCUGGUGGUGGUGAUGUCCGGCUGCGGGGCGUCGGAGUACGAGUACCUGGGCUGGAGGACGGACGCGUACAACGGCGGCCGCGGCUACGGCAAACCCCCGCAGUGCGUGGACAUCCCGGACGACCUGCGGCUCUGCCACACCGUGGGCUACAACCAGAUGCUGCUGCCCAACCUGCUGGAGCACGAGACCAUGGCGGAGGUGAAGCAGCAGGCCAGCAGCUGGGUGCCGCUGGUGCACAAGAACUGCCACCCGGGCACGCAGGUCUUCCUGUGCUCGCUGUUCGCGCCCGUGUGCCUGGACCGGCCCAUCUACCCGUGCCGCUGGCUGUGCGAGGCGGUGCGGGACAGCUGCACCCCCAUCAUGGAGGCCUUCGGCUUCCCCUGGCCGGAGAUGCUCACCUGUGACAAGUAUCCCCAGGACGACGUGUGCAUCGCCAUGACGCAGCCCAACGCCACCGAGGCCACCCGGCCCACAGGUUCUCCCAUCUGCCCUCCAUGUGACAACGAAGAGAGAACAGACACCAUACUGGAGAACAUGUGUGCCAGCGAGUUUGCUUUCAAAGCCAAGAUCAAGGAGGUGAAACGAGAAAACCUCGACCGCAAGGUGGUCUUCCAGAAAAAGAAGAAGCUUUUGAAAGCAGGAAAUCUGAAGAAGAAAGACCUGAAGAAGCUGGUGUUGUACCUAAAGAACGGUGCAGACUGUCCCUGCCAGCAGCUGGACAACCUGGGGAACCAGUACCUAAUCAUGGGCCGCAAGGUGGAUAAGCAGUAUCUUCUCACAGGCAUCCACAAGUGGGACAAGUCCGGCAAGGAGUUCAAAAAGGCCGUCAAAAAACUGAACACUUAUAAAUGUCCAGCAUUUGAGAAUGUCUUCAAAUAAUAAGACGUAUGGCUUCAACCCCAGUCGCAUCUCAUCCUACACAUGAACUUGCACAAGCAUUCCUAAACUUUGCUUUCUAUUGUGUGUUUAUAUUAUCAAUAUAUCUUUGUAUGUUUACAGAUAUACGUUGGAAAGUCCACCAUUCAGUUUUAGCGAAAUGUGGUGAGUGAUGACGCCACAAAAUGAAAAGUUUUCUUUCGCUACUUAAGCUUAAGAGAAGGACUUCAAGUACAAGUCCCUUUUCCCAACUGAACCAAUGUUUGCUAAUAUGCAUGUGUUGUAGAUACGCCUCCCUUGUUACACUCUUCUGCUCAUUGUUUAUGUCUGAGGAACCAUUGAGGAAAAAACAUUCACUUUCUUUCUUACUAAGAGUUAGAAGACGGGAUUGAUACCAUUUUUUCUUAUGUAGGUUAAAUAUGAAGCUGUCAUUAGGUCAUUAGCAUAAAGAUUAUAAGCGAGGAGGAAAGGAGCUGUACCCACUCCCAGAAAAGAAAAAGAAAAUUGCCAGUUUUCUUUUUUCUCAAUAUAUGUGACAGAAAUGUAAUGUAAUUGACCCGGCUACCUUGUUUUCAUUGCUUGAAGUCUUUUUUCCUAGUGCAAGCUAACCACAUGAUGCUGAACUCAAGAUUAAUAUCUAUAUAAACUAUCUUUAAAAAUAUGUAAGAUCAAAUAAUUAUUCAAGUCAAUGAUUAGACAAUAGAGGUUCUAGCUUUAAAAGCUACAGAAUGCUGCAGUACAACGAGUAUUUUUCAAUUUAAAGACUGCACUACUAGCAUUGUCAAAUUUUCUUUUCUUUUUCUUUUUUUUGUACUCUUCUUUUUUUUGUACUUAUUUGUACUCGUGAGCAGGCCUGUGUGUGCAGGAUCUUUUUUUUCCUUGAUUUUUACCAAAUGUUUUUGCCACUCUUCUGUUUCUGCAUGCUGGGGCUACAGAGAUCAGUAAUCAUGAUUCAUGCUUUUGUAGUCAUACAUGUUUAAAACUGUAUAUCACCUUUAUGUUCUAGUCUGUUCUGCUUUAAUGUCACUGGUCCGUUUUAGCACUAUUUUGUUUCAAAUUUAAAUGUUGGCGGUUCAUUGCUGCUUGUUACGUGUACAUAUAAAUUUUACAUAAAUAUGGAAAAACAAA